CAACGCAACACGCCGCCAACACCGCUUGUCCUCUUUGACCUCUCGACCGUAGCAUAUACCCACUAUCUCACCCUCUCGUCCACCUCUCAGCUCCUUCUUGCCGGCUUGUCAAUCAUGACUGUACCGCAGAGUGAGGCCAGACGGCUGGACCCAGCUGAGUCUACACUAUCAUUACCGGCGCAUCCGGCUGCCUCGUCCUCAAAGACAGUACGACGGUCAAUUUCCUUCAAGCGGCUACGAAGUCGCUCGGUCCAUCGGCAACAGACACGAGACAAACAGACAGAAGAAGUACCCAGUCAAACAUCAGUGCUUCGCCCGCCUCUCCCCUCGACAGCUCACAGCGCCCAAGGCCGCCUUGAAGGAGCUGUGACGGUGCCAUCCUCAUCUUGCCCUCCGCAACCAUUCGACUGGCCCAAAUCGAGUCAGUAUUGCGCUUGCUACUGCGAAGAGAAUGCAUACCUUCUCGCACAGAGCCUGCUUCGCAAAGUUGAAAGGCGACACGGGAAGGAGAGAGUGGACGCAGAGGGCAGGAAAUGGGAUGUAUGGGUCGUAGUCGUUUCUAACCAAGGCAAGACGGUGAGUACGGGCCGGGCAAUGCGAAUACAAGGCAGCGCUGACUGAGAGACUGCUUCUCCUCUUCGCCCGGCCAGGUCCUGCUCUGGCAGCAGAGAGCCUCUACCUCGGCGCUGGCGGCUCAUCC